AUGGAUUCGAUGGAAGCUCUUGUAUUACAAUUUGGUGAUUCCUGGCAUGAUCGUCUGGACUUGAUGGAGUUUGCUUACAACAACAAUUUUCACUCAAGCAUUGCCCAGGAUCGACAGAAGAGUUUAGCUGAUCGACAUGCCACUGAUCGAGUGUAUAAUGUGGGUGAUUGGGUGUUUUUGAAAUUGUCACCUUUGAGAGGCGUGGUACGAUUUGGAAAAAGAGGGAAGCUAAGUCCGAGAUAUAUUGGACCUUAUGUGAUCACUGAAAGAGUUGGUGAAGUUGCCUACCAGUUGGAGUUGCCCCCGGAGUUAUCUAAGGUCCAUGAUGUGUUCCACGUCUCUAUGCUUCGACAUUAUAUUUCUGAUUCUUCUCAUGUGAUCCCUCCUCAACCGUUAGAGAUUAAUCCGGAUUUGACAUAUGAUGAGGAACCAGUCACUAUAUUGGAUUGGAAAUAUAAGGUUCUAAGGAACAAGACGGUGAGUUUGGUGAAAGUGUUGUGGAGGAACCAUUCCGUAGAAGAAGCUACCUGGGAGACAGAAGAUCGUAUGAGAGAAAUGUACCCAAGAUUAUUCUAUGGGUAUUAAGUGGUUUAAUUGGUUAUGGGAAUUUCGGGGACGAAAUUCUAUAAGGAGGAGAGAUUGUCACAGCCCGUCCCGAGAUUUUCUAUCGGGGACGUGAAUUGACGGAUUUACACUUGACGUUACUAAGGUAUGUGUGUGUAACGUUAUUUGGUUUAAAUUAUUAUAAGUUUUGGGGAUAGAGAA